AUGGCUGAGGACAUUGUCAAACCAGGGGAGUGGAGGUUAGGUACUGUCAAGGCAGCAGUCUUCAUCUUUGCCUCCCUUUGCGCCUGGUAUUCUGGGUAUCUGCUUGCGGAGCUCAUCCCUGACGUGCCCCUGUCUAGAACCCUCUACAAAAUCCGCAGCAUUGGCGAGAGACCUGUCCUCAAAGCUCCAGCCCCCAAAAGGCAGAAAUGUGACCACUGGAGCCCAUGUCCCUCCAACAGCUACGCGUACCGGUUGCUCAGCGGCGGAGGGAGAGACAAGUACGCCAAGAUCUGCUUCGAGGAUGAGCUGCUCCUCGGAGAGAAGACCAGGAACGUGGGGAGAGGGAUAAACAUUGCUGUCGUCGACUAUGUGACCGGGAAGGUAACAGCGUCACAAUACUUUGAUAUGUUUGAAGGCGACAACUCUGCACCAAUGACCAAGUUCGUACAGAAUGCUCCUCCCAAGUCCCUGCUGUUGAUGGUGACCCAUGAUGACGGAAGUGCCAGACUGCAGCCCGAAGCCAAGGAUGCCAUAGAAGCCCUCGGGAGCCAGGAAAUCAGAAACAUCCGGUUCAGGUCCAGCUGGGUGUUUCUCGCAGCAAAGGGCUUUGAGCUUCCUUCGGGGCUCCAGAGAGAAAAGAUCAACCACUCGGACAACGAGAAGAACAGAUACUCUGGCUGGCCGGCAGAGAUCCAGAUCGAAGGCUGCAUCCCCAAAGGACUGAGCUAG